AUGUCUCCCGGUGAUGACCCGUCGUCUGGCGCAUCGUCUGCAGAAAAAGACGUAACACUGGUUAUGCCUGCUAAAGAUGCGGGAGCGCCUGGCGUAUCACCCGCUGAAGAAGACAUAAGAGCGGUUGUGCCUACUGAAGAUGUCGAAGCGCCUGGCGUAUCACCCGCGGAAGAGGACAUAACAGCGGUUGUGCCUACUGAAGAUGUCGAAGCGCCUGGCGUAUCACCCGCAGAAGAGAACAUAACAGCGGUUGUGCCUAUUCAAGAUGCCGAAGCGCCUGGCGUAUCACCCGCAGAAGAGGACAUAACAGCGGUUGUGCCUACUCAAGAUGCCGAAGCGCCUGGCGUAUCACCUGCGGAGCAGAAGGUGACAACGGCACCGGUCACGCCGUCUGGUGAUGACCCGUCGUCUGGAGCAUCGUCUGCAGAACAGGACAUAACAGCGGUUGUUCCUGCUCAAUAUUCUGAAGCACCUGGCGCAACACAUACGGAGGAGGAGGUGACAACGGCACCGGUCACGUCGCCCGGUGAUGACCCGUCGUCUGGAGCAUCGUCUGCAGAACAGGACAUAACAGCGGUUGUUCCUGCUCAAGAUUCUGAAGCACCUGGCGUAACACCUACGGAGCAGAAGGUGACAACUGCACCGGUCACAUCGCCCGGUGGUGACCCGUCGUCUGGAGCAUCAUAUGCAGAACAGGACAUAACAGCGGUUGUGCCUACUCAAGAUUCUGAAGCACCUGGCGUAACACCUAGGAGCAGAAGUGACAACGGCAGCGUAACAUCGCCCGGUGAUGACCCGUCGUCUGGAGCAUCGUCUGCAGAACAGGGCAUGACAGCGUUGUGCCUAUUGAAGAUGAGGCGUCCGAUAUAUCGGAAGAAAAGCUGUGGGAUCUGUGUCUUUUUCUCCACUGCGACCCGAAUGGGCGCCCGUACAAAACUCUGA